AUGGCGACUCUCGCAGACGAACUUUUGAACGACUUUGAGGACUCCGGCGAUGAGAACGAGGAGCAGAGCACCGAGAUCCCCCAGGACGAUGGUGUCGCAUCGCUUUUCCCGGGAGAGGCUUCAGUCGCGCAGCCGAGGACUGGUGUUCAAGACGGAGGCAUGGACCUGGACGACGAUGAGGAAGAUGAGGACGAUGAAGAGCUCAUGGACGGUGCGGCCACAAAACAGGCGCGCGAUGCGCCUGAGGACGAAGAAGAGACAAAGGCUAGGGUUGAGAAGAUGCAGCUCGGAAACGUCAGCGACGUGCGCAGCGUAGCAGGUCUGAUGAAGACGCUGCAGCCAGUUCUUGAUAAAAUUGCACACUACAAAGGACUGCCGCCUGAGAAGCAGACCAAGAACAUCGGUUCCAUCGAGGAUAACCCGGAGUACAAGCUGCUCACUCAGUCCAACACCCUUGCCACCCAGAUAGACAGCGAGGUCAUCCUCGUGCACAAGUUCAUUCGCGAUCACUACUCCAUUCGGUUUCCCGAGCUGGAAACCCUCGUCACCAACCCUCUGGACUAUGCGAAGACGGUUGCCAUUAUUGGAAAUGGUCCUAUGGAUGCAGACUCGAUCAAGAAGCGAUCGACUUCCUCAGAUAACCUCGUUGGCCAGCCCCUUAACAAGGUUCUCGAUGGUCCCUCCAUGAUGGUCGUCAGCGUCGAAUCUACGACAUCUCAAGGACGUGAACUCACCGAGACUGAGCUCAACACCGUUUUGAAGGCGUGCGAAAUGACGCUGCAACUCGAUAACGCCAAGAAAGUCCUGACAGAAUACGUUCAGUCUCGCAUGAACAUUUUCGCUCCGAACCUGACUACUCUGAUCGGAUCUCUUACUGCGGCCCAACUCAUCAACUAUGCUGGAGGUAUCAAGGGUCUCGCCAAAACACCUGCUUGCAACAUCGCAGUCCUCGGAGCCAAGAAAGCGUCUGGAACUGGAUUUGCUACCAAUACUGGCAUCAGAAACCAGGGUUUCCUCUUCCACUCUGAAAUCAUCCGCAACAUCCCCAACGAUCUCAAGAAGCAGGCCAUGAGGAUCGUUUCGGCGAAGAUCGUGCUCGCAGCAAGAGUGGACAGCAUCCACAGCAGCCCAGAUGGAUCCACCGGCGAGAGCUUGAAACAGCAGUGUUUGGACCGUCUGGACAAGCUCACCGAGCCACCGCCCAACAAGGGUGUCCGCGCUCUCCCCGUGCCGGACGACAAGCCUUCGAGGAAGCGUGGUGGUCGUCGUGUCCGUAAGGCCAAGGAGGCCUACGCCAUGACGGAGCUCCGCAAGGCACAGAACCGCAUGGCAUUCGGUAAGGAGGAGGCUGAGGCUGGUUAUGGAACGGGCGAUGGCACCAAGGGCAUGGGUAUGAUUGGCCAAGCCAACGACGGACGCAUCCGCGCUACCCAGAUCGACCAGCGCACCAAGGCCAAGCUCAGCAAGAAAAAUCCUGGUUGGGGCGGAGCUACACCGGUCAGCGGAAUGGCGUCUACUAUCCGUGGCGCCGGUACUGCUGGCAAUGCCAGCGUGCUGAAGGGUCAUGGCUUGAGGACGUCGGGCGUUGGCACUGCUGGUACGGCGUCGACCAUCGCGUUCACUCCUGUGCAAGGCCUUGAGCUCGUCGACCCCAAGGUGCGUGAGGAGAUGAACCGCAAGAGGAAGGCAGAGGAAGAUAGGUGGUUCAGCGGCGGCACUUUCACUCAGAUUGCAGGCUCAAAGAGUGAGACCGGUAGCAAGAAGGAUGCAGACGGCUUCAAGGUGCCAAGCCUGCCUAUGAAGAAGCAGAAGCAGUAG